GCUCCGACAACCACAACAACUGUGGCUCCGACAACCACAACAACUGUUGCUCCGACGACCACAACUGUUGGCCCAACAACCACAACUUUGGCUCCAACAACCACAACGGUUGCCCCAACGACCACAACUGUGGCUCCAACAACAACCACUAAACCUCCAACCACCACAUCUGUGGCUCCAACGACCACAACUGUUGCGCCAACGACCACAAUCGUGCCUCUAACAACCACAACUGUGCCUCCAACAACCACAACUGUGGCUCCAACGACCACAACUGUUCCUCCAACGACCACAACUGUUGCUCCAACGACCACAACUGUUGGCCCAACAACCACAACUUUGGCUCCAACAACCACAACGGUUGCCCCAACGACCACAACUGUUGCCCCAACGACCACAACUGUUGCUCCAACGACCACAACCGUGUCUCCAACGACCACAACGGUGUCUCCAACGACCACAACGGUUGCUCCAACAACCACAACUGUUGCUCCAACAACCACAACAACUGUUGCUCCGACAACCACAACAACUGUUGCUCCAACAACCACAACAACUGUUGCUCCAACGACCACAACUGUUGCUCCAACAACCACAACUGUGCCUCCAACAACCACAACUGUGGCUCCAACGACCACAACUGUUCCUCCAUCGACCACAACUGUUCCUCCACCGACCACAACUGUGGCUCCAACGACCACAACUGUUCCUCCAACGACCACAACUGUUCCUCCAACGACCACAACUGUUCCUCCAACGACCACAACUGUUGCUCCAACGACCACAACUGUUGGCCCAACGACCACAUCUUUGGCUCCAACAACAACCACUAAAGCUCCAACAACCACAUCUGUGGCUCCAACGACCACAACUGUUGCGCCAACGACCACAUCUGUGGCUCCAACAACCACAACUGUGCCUCCAACGACCACAACUGUGGCUCCAACGACCACAACUGUUGCUCCAACGACCACAACUGUUGCUCCAACGACCACAACUUUGGCUCCAACAACCACAACUUUGGCUCCAACAACCACAACGGUUGCCCCAACGACCACAACUGUUACCCCAACGACCACAACUGUUGCUCCAACAACCACAACAACUGUUGCUCCGACAACCACAACAACUGUUGCUCCAACAACCACAACAACUGUUGCUCCAACGACCACAACUGUUGCUCCAACAACCACAACUGUGCCUCCAACAACCACAACUGUGGCUCCAACGACCACAACUGUUUCUCCACCGACCACAACAGUGGCUCCAACGACCACAACUGUUCCUCCAACGACCACAACUGUUCCUCCAACGAGCACAACCGUUCCUCCAACGACCACAACUGUGGCUACAAAGACCACAACUGUUCCUCCAACGACCACAACUGUUCCUCCAACGACCACAACUGUUCCUCCAACGACCACAACUUUGGCUCCAACGACCACAACUGUUGGCCCAACAACCACAACUUUGGCUCCAACAACCACAACGGUUGCCCCAACGACCACAACUGUGGCUCCAACAACAACCACUAAAGCUCCAACAACCACAUCUGUGGCUCCAACGACCACAACUGUUGCGCCAACGACCACAACUGUUGCGCCAACGACCACAACUGUUGCUCCAACAACCACCACUAAAGCUCCAACAACCACAACUCUUGCUCCACCAACCACAACUCUUGCUCCAACAACCACAACUGUUGCUCCAACGACCACAACUGUGCCUCCAACAACCACAACUGUGCCUCCAACAACCACAACUGUGCCUCCAUCAACCACAACUGUGGCUACAACUGUGGCUCCAACGACCACAACUGUUCCUCCAAUGACCACAACUGUUCCUCCAACGACCACAACUGUUCCUCCAACGACCACAACUGUUCCUCCAACGACCACAACUGUUGGCCCAACAACCUCAACUUUGGCUCCAACAACCACAACGGUUGCCCCAACGACCACAACUGUUGCCCCAACGACCACAACUGUUGCUCCAACGACCACAACGGUGUCUCCAACGACCACAACGGUUGCUCCAACGACCACAACGGUUGCUCCAACAACCACAACCACUGUUGCUCCAACAACCACAACAACUGUUGCUCCAACAACCACAACAACUGUUGCUCCAACAACCACAACAACUGUUGCUCCAACAACCACAACAACUGUUGCUCCAACAACCACAACAACUGUUGCUCCAACAACCACAACAACUGUUGCUCCAACAACCACAACAACUGUUGUUCCAACGACCACAACUGUUGCUCCAACGACCACAACUGUGCCUCCAUCAACCACAACUGUGGCUCCAACGACCACAACUGUUCCUUCAACGACCACAACUGUUCUUCCAACGACCACAACUGUUCCUCCAACGACCACAACUGUUGGCCCAACAACCACAACUUUGGCUCCAACAACCACAACGGUUGCCCCUGUGACCACAACUGUGGCUCCAGCAACAACCACUAAAGCUCCAACAACCACAUCUGUGGCUCCAACGACCACAACUGUUGCGCCAACCACCACAACCGUGCCUCCAACAACCACAACUGUGCCUCCAACGACCACAACUGUGCCUCCAACGACCACAACUGUUGCUCAAACGACCACAACUGUUGGCCCAACAACCACAACUUUGGCUCCAACAACCACAACGGUUGCCCCAACGACCACAACUGUUGCCCCAACGACCACAACUGUUGCUCCAACGACCACAACGGUGUCUCCAACAACCACAACUGUGGCUCCUACAACCCCAACUGUGCCUCCAACAACCACAACUGUGGCUCCAACGACCACAACGGUUGCGCCAACAACCACAACUGUGGCUCCAACAACCACCACUAAAGCUCCAACAACCACAACUGUGGCUCCAACAACAACCACUAAAGCUCCAACAACCACAUCUGUGGCUCCAACGACCACAACUGUUGCGCCAACGACCACAACCGUGCCUCCAACAACCACAACUGUGCCUCCAACGACCACAGUUGUUCCUCCACCGACCACAACUGUUCCUCCAACGACCACAACUGUGGUUCCAACGACCACAACUGUUUCUCCAACGACCACAACUGUUCCUCCAACGAUCACAACUGUUCCUACUGUUGCCCCAACGACCACAACUGUUGCUCCAACGACCACAAAGUUGUCUCCAACGACCACAACGGUUGCUCCAACGACCACAACGGUUGCUCCAACGACCACAACGGUUGCUCCAACAACCACAACAACUGUUGCUCCAACAACCACAACAACUGUUGCUCCAACAACCACAACAACUGUUGCUCCAACAACCACAACAACUGUUGCUCCAACGACAACAACUGUUGCUCCAACGACCACAACUGUGCCUCCAACGACCACAACUGUGCCUCCAUCGACCACAACUGUGGCUCCAACGACCACAACUGUGGCUCCAACGACCACAACUGUGGCUCCAACGACCACAACUGUUACUCCAACGACCACAACUGUUCCUCCAACGACCACAACUGUUGGCCCAACAACCACAACUUUGGCUCCAACAACCACAACGGUUGCCCCAACGACCACAACUGUUGCCCCAACGACCACAACUGUUGCUCCAACGACCACAACGGUGUCUACAACGACCACAACUGUGCCUCCUACGACCACAAGUGUGCCUCCAACAACCACAACUGUUGCUCCAACGACCACAACUGUGGCUCCAACAACCAACACUAAAGCGCCAACAACCACACCUGUGGUUCCAACAACCACAACUGUUGCACCAACGACUACAACUGUUGCUCCAACAACCACAACUGUGGCUCCAACGACCACAACUGUUGCGCCAACAACCACAACUGUGGCUCCAACAACCACCACUAAAGCUCCAACAACCACAACUGUGGCUCCAACAACCACCACUAAAGCUCCAACAACCACAUCUGUGGCUCCACCGACCACAACUAUUGCGCCAACGACCACAGCCGUGCCUCCAAUGACCACAACUGUUCUUCCAACGACCACAACUGUUCCUCCAAUGACCACAACUGUUACUCCAAUGACCACAACUGUUGCUCCAACAACCACAACUGUUGCUCCAACGACCAAAACAGUGUCUUCAACGACCACAAUGGUUGCUCCAACGACCACAACUGUUGCUCCAACGACCACAACUGUUGCUCCAACCACUAAAACUGUUGCCCUAAAGACCACAACUGUUGCCCCAACGACCACAACUGUUGCCCCAACGACCACAACUGUUGCCCCAACGACCACAACUGUUGCUCCAACGACCACAACUGUUGCUCCAACGACCACAACUGUUGCUCCAACGACCACAACUGUGGCUCCAACAACCACAACUUUUGCUCCAACAACCACAACUCUUGCUCUAACGACCACAACUGUGUCUCUUACGACCACAACUGUUGCUCCAACGACCACAACUGUGGCUCCAACGACCACCACUAAAGCGCCAACAACCACAUCUGUGGUUCCAACAACCACAACUGUUGCACCAACGACCACAACUGUGCCUCCAACAACCACAACUGUGGCUCCAAUGACCACAACUGUUGCGCCAACAACCACAACUGUGGCUCCAACAACCACCACUAAAGCUCCAACAACCACAACUGUGGCUCCAACAACCACCACUAAAGCUCCAACAACCACAUCUGUGGCUCCAACGACCACAACUGUUGCGCCAACGACCACAACAACUGUUGCGCCAACGACCACAACAACUGUUGCUCCAACAACCACAACAACUGUUGCUCCAACAACCACAACAACUGUUGCUCCAACAACCACAACAACUGUUGCUCCAAUGACCACAACUGUUGCUCCAACGACCACAACUGUUGCCCCAACGACCACAACUGUUGCUCCAACGACCACAACGGUGUCUCCAACGACCACAACUGUUGCUCCAACGACCACAACUGUUGCUCCAACGACCACAACUGUUGCUCCAACGACCACAACUGUUGCUCCAACCACAACAACUGUUGCUCCAUUGACCACAACUGUUGCUCUAACAACUACAACUUUGGCUCCAACAACCACAACUGUUGCUCCAACAACUACAACUUUGGCUCAAACAACCAAAACCGUUGCUUCACCGACCACAACGGUUGCAACAACAACCACAACUCUGCCUCCAACAACCACAACUGUGCCUCCAACAACCACAACUGUGCCUCCAACAACCACAACUGUGGCUCCAACAACAACCACUAAAGCUCCAACAACCACAUCUGUUGCUCCAAUGACCACAACUGUUGCGAAAACGACAACAACUGUGCCUCCAACGACCACAACUGUGGCUCCAACAACCACCACUAAUGCUCCAACAACUACAACUGUGGCUCCAACAACCACAACUGUUGCGCCAACAACCACAACUGUUGCGCCAACAACCACAACUGUUGCGCCAACAACCACAACUGUUGCGCCAACAACCACAACUGUUGCGCCAACAACCACAACUGUUGCGCCAACAACCACAACUGUUGCUCCAACAACCACAACUGUUGCGCCAACAACCACAACUGUUGCGCCAACAACCACAACUGUUGCGCCAACAACCACAACUGUUGUGCCAACGACCACAACUUUUGCUCCAUUGACCACAACUGUUGCAACAACGACCAAAACUGUGCCUCCAACAACCACAACUGUUGCCCUAACGACCACAACUGUUGCCCUAACGACCACAACUGUUGCUCCAACGACCACAACUGUUGCACCAACGACCACAACUGUUGCUCCAACGACCACAACUGUUGCUCCAACGACCACAACUGUUGCUCCAACGACCACAACUGUUGCUCCAAUGACCACAACUGUUGCUUUAACGACCACAACUGUUGCUUUAACGACCACAACUGUGGCUCCAACAACCACAACUGUGGCUCCAACAACCACAACUCUUGCUCCAACGACCACAACUGUGCCUCCUACGACCACAACUGUGCCUCCAACGACCAGAACUGUUGCUACAAUGACCAAAACUAUUGCUCCAACGACCACAACUGUGGCUCCAACAACCACCAAUAAAGCGCCAACAACCACAUCUGUGGUUCCAACAACCACAACUGGUGCACCAACGACCACAACUGUGCCUCCAACAACCACAACUGUGGCUCCAACGACCACAACUGUUGCGCCAACAACCACAACUAUGGCUCCAACAACCACCACUAAAGCUCCAACCACCACAACUGUGGCUCUAACAACCACCACUAAAGCUCCAACAACCACAUCUGUGUCUCCAACAACCACAACUGUUGCGCCAACGACCACAAAUGUUGCGCCAAAGACCACAACCGUGCCUCCAACAACCACAACUGUGCCUCGAACAACCACAACUGUGCCUCCAACAACCACAACUGUGCCUCCAACAACCACAACUGUGCCUCCAACAACCACAACUGUUGCGCCAACAACCACAACUGUUGCUCCAACAACUACAACUUUGGCUCAAACAACCACAACCAUUGCUUCACCGACCACAACUGCUGCAACAACAACCACAACUGUGCCCCCAACAACCACAACUGUGGCUCCAACAACAACCACUAAAGCUCCAACAACCACAUCAGUUGCUCCAACGACCACAACUGUUGCAAAAAUGACAACUGUGCCUCCAACGACCACAACUGUGGCUCCAACAACCACAACUCUUGCUCCAACGACCACAACUGUUGCUCCAACAACUACAACUGUUGUGCAAACAACCACAACUGUUGCUCCAAUGAUCACAACUGUUGCAACAACGACCACAACUGUGCCUCCAACAAACACCACUGUGGCUCCAACGACAACAACUGUUGCUCCAACUACUCCAACUUUAGCUCCAACGACCACAACUGUUGCUCCAACAACUACAACUUUGGCUCCAACAGCCACAACUGUUGCUUCACUGACCACAACUGUUGCUCCAACGACCACAACUAUGCCUCCAACAACCACAACUGUGGCUCCAACAACCACAACUCUUGCUCCAAUGACCACAACUCUUGCUCCAACGACCACAUCUUUGGCUCCAACAACCACAACUGUUGCGCCAACCACCACAACUGUGCCUCCAACGACCACAAUUUUGCCUCCAACGACCACAAUUGUUCCUCCAACAACCACAACUGUUGCUUCAACGACCACACCUGUUGCUCCAACAACCACAGCUGUUGCCCCAACGACCAUAAUUGUUGCCCCAACAACUUCAACGGUUGCUCCAUCAACCACCACUGUUGCUUCAACUACAACUGUUGCCCCAACAACUACAAUGGUUGUUCCAACAACCACCACCGUUACUCCAACGACCACAACUGUUGCUCCAACGACCACAACUGUUGCUCCAACGACCACAACUGUUGCUCCAAUGACCUCAACUGUUGCAACAACGACCACUACUGUUGCAACAACGACCACAACUGGGCCUCCAACAACCACAACUGUGGCUCCAACGACCACAACUUUUGCUACAGCAUCCACAUCUGUUGCGCCAACGAUCACAACUGUUGCAACAACGACCACAACUGCACCUCCAUCGACCACAACUGUGGCUGCAAUAACGACCACUAAAGCUCCAACAACCACAUCUGUGGUUCCAACAACCACAACUGUUCCGCCAACAACCACAACUGGUGCUCCAACGACCACAACUCUUGCAACAACGACCACAUCUGUUGCAACAACGACCACAACUGCUGCAACAACGACCACAACUGUGCUUCCAACGACCACAACUCUGCCUACAACAACCACAACUGUGGCUCCAACGACUACAACUCUUGCUCUAACGACCACAACUGUUGCUCCAACUACCACAACUGUGGCUCCAACAACCACAACUGUUUCUCCAACAACCACAAUUGUUGCUCCAACGACCACAACUGUUGCUCCAACGACCACAACUGUUGCUCCAACGACCACAACUGUUGCGCCAACGACCACAACUGUGGCUCCAACAACCACCACUAAAGCUCCAACAACUACAACAACUGUGCUUCCAACAACCACAACUGUUGCUCCAAUGACCACAACUGUUGCAACAACGACCACAACUGUGCCUCCAAUGACCACAACUGUGCCUGCAACAACCACAACUAUUGCUCCAACGACCACAAUUGUUGCGCCAACAACCACAACAAUUGCUCCAACGACCACAACUGUUGCUCCAACGACCACAACUGUUGCGCCAACUACCACAUCUGUGGCUCCAACAACCAUCACUAAACCUCCAACAACUACAACUGUGCCUCCAACAACCACAACUGUUGCUCCAUUGACCACAACUGUUGCAACAACGACCACAACUGUGCCUCCAAUGACCACAACUGUGCCUGCAACAACUACAACUGUUGCGACAACGACCACAACUGUGGCUCCAACAUCCUCAACUGUUGCUCCAACGACCACAAUUGUUGCUCCAACGACCACAACUGUUGCUCCAACGACCACAACUGUUGCUCCACCGACCACAACUGUUGCUCUAACGACCACAACUGUUGCAACAAUGACAAAAACUGUUGCAACAACGACCACAACUGUGCCUCCAACGACCACAACUGUUUCUAAAACAACCACAACUGUUUCUCCAACGCCCACAACUGUUUCUCCAACGCCCACAACUGUUGCAACAAUGACCACAACUGAGCCUCCAAUGACCACAACUGUGGCUCCAACAACCACCACUAAAGCUCCAACAACCACAACUGAUGCGCCAAUAACCACAACUGUUGCUCCAACAACCACAACUGUUUCUCCAACGACCACAACUGUUGCUCCAAUGACCACAACUGUUGCAACAAAGACCACAACUGUGCCUCCAAUGACCACCACUGUGGCUCCAAUGACCACAACUAAAACUCCAACAACCACAACUGUGGCACCAACAACCACAAUUGUUGCGCCAACGACCACAACUCUGCCUCCAGGGACCACAACUGUGCCUCCAACGAACACAACUAAAGCUCCAACUACAACUUUGGCUCCAUCGACCACAACUGUGGCAACAACGACCACAACUGUGGCUCCAACAACCACAACUGUGGCUCCAACAACCUCAACUGUUGCGCCAAUAACCACAACUGUUGUUCCAACGACCACAAUUGUGCCUCCAACCACAACAACUGCGGCUCCAACAACCACCACUAAAGCUCCAACAACUACAACUGUGACUCUAACAACCACAACUGUUGCGUCAACACCCACAACUGUUGCUCCAAUGACCACAACUAUUGCAACAACGACCACAACUGUGCCUCCAACAACCACAACUGUGGCUCCAACGUCCACAACUGUUGCGCCAACAACCACAACUCUUGCUCCAACGACCACAACUGUUGCUUCAACGACCACAACUGUUGCUUCAACGACCACAACUGUGGCACCAACAACCACCACUAAAGCUCCAACAACUACAAUUGUGCCUCCAUCAACCACAACUGUUGCUCCAACGACCACAACUGUUGCAACAACGACCACAACUGUGCCUCAAAUGACCACAACUGUGCCUGCAACCACUACAACUGUUGCUCCAACAACCACAACUGUUGCGACAACGACCACAACUGUGGCUCCAACAACCUCAACUGUUGCGCCAACGCCCACAACUGUUGCUCCAACGCCCAAAACUGUUGCUCCAACUCCCACAACUGUUGCUCCAACGACCACAACUGUUGCUCCAACGACCACAACUGUUGCUACAACAACCACAACUGUUUCUCCAACGACCACAACUAUUGCUCCAACGACCACAACUGUUGCAACAACGACCACAACUGUGCCUCCAAUGACCACAACUGUUGCUAAAACCACUACAACUGUUUCUCCAACAACCACCACUAAAGCUCCAACAACCACAACUGAUGCGCCAAUAACCACAACUGUUGCUCCAACAACCACAACUGUUGCUCCAACAACCACAAGUGUUUCUCCAACGACCACAACUGUUGCUCCAAUGACCACAACUGUGUCAACAAAGACCACAACUGUGCCUCAAAUGACCACCACUGUGGCUCCAACGACCACAACUAAAGCUACAACAACCACAACUGUGGCUCCAACGACCACAGCUGUUGCGCCAACGAUCACAACUCUGCCUCCAGCGACCACAACUGUGCCUCCAACGACCACCACUGUGGCAACAACAUCCACAACUGUGGCUCCAACAACCACAACUGUUGCGCCAAUAACCACAACUGUUGUUUCAACGAUAACAACUGUUGCUCCAAUGACCCAAACUGUUGCAACAACAACCACAACUGUGCCUCCAACGACAACAACUGUGCCUCCAGCAACCACAACUGUUGCUCCAACAACCACAACUGUUUCUCCAACGACCACAACUGUUGCUCCAACGACCACAACUGUGCCUUCAACAACCACAACUGUGCCUCCAACAACCACAAAUGUGGCUCCAACAACCAUGACAAAAGCUUCAACAACUACCACAGUUGCUCCAACAACCACAUCUGUUGCUCCAACGACCACCACAGUUGCUCCAACAAGCACAACAGUUCAUCCAAAAUCUACCACAGAUGCUCCAACAACCACAACUGUUGCUCCAACAACCACAAUUUUCGUUUCAACGACUACAACUGCAGGUCCAUCGACCAUCACAGUUCCAGCAACAACCACAACAGUUCCUCCAACAACUACUGCAGUUGCUCCAUCAACCACAUCUUUUGCUCCAACAACCACCACAGUUGCUCCAACAACUACCACAGUUGCUCCAACAACCACAUCUGUUGCUCCAAUGACCACCACAGUUGCUCCAACAAGCACAACAGUUCAUCCAAAAUCUACCACAGUUGCUCCAACAACCACAACUGUUGCUCCAACAACCACAACUUUUGUUCCCACGACCAGAACUGCAGGUCCAUCGACAACCACAGUUCCUCCAACAACCACAACUAUUUCUCCAACUACCACCACAGUUCCAGCAACAACCACAAAAGUUCCUCCAACAACUACCACAGUUCCUCCAACAACUAUGACAGUUGUUCCAAUAACCACAUCUGUUGCUCCAACAUCCACAACAAUUCCUCAAACCACCACAACAGUUGCUCCAACGAUCACAGCUGCUACUCAAAUGACCACAACAGUUCCUCCAAUAACCACAACAGUUGCUCCAACAACAUCAACAGUUCCUCCAACAACCACAACAGUUCAUCCCACAACUACCACAGUUGUUCCAACAACCACAACAGUUCCUCUAACAACCACAAUAGUUCCUCCAACAACAACAACAGUUGCUCCAACGACCACAGCUGCUGUUCAAAUGACCACAACAGUUCCUCCAACAUCCUCAACGGUUGGUCCAACAACCACAACAGUUGCUCCAACAACCACAUUUGCUGCUCGAACGACCACAACAGUUUUUCCCACACCCACAACAGUUGCUCCAACUAUCACAACACUUCCUGCAACUACUACCACUCCUCCAGCAACCACAACAGUCCCUCCAACAACCACAAAUGUUUCUACAACUCCAACUAUGGUGUUCACAUCUAGAACACAUGUUAAACCUGGUUCAGCCAAAGUGACAAGCAAACUGCUGUUCAACUCCUCAUCACCAGUCUCUAGUGAAGCUCUGGUGCUCAGUGCUAUCAACAUUCUCCUGGAAUCCAGAGUUUCACAACUGAAAGAAACAGUCAAGCUCAUGAAUGUCAGUUAUGAAAAAAUCUCAGACACCUCCUAUGCAGUCUUCUUUACAUUUACCUUGAGUAACAUCAACAUGCAAGAAGAACCAGAGCUUACAAACAACACUUACAAGCAAGUGCAGGACACGAUCAAUGAUGCGCUGAACACUCUUCUGAAUGAUCCAAACAGUGUGAAGUUUGAACCCAACUCCUUCAACUUCACGAGCACAUCAGACCAAAUCUACGGCAAUAUGGAUUACAUCUUCCAAGAUGGAGAUAACGUCCAACCUGUCAGCUUCCUAAAUGAGCUUCAUAAACUUAUGGGACUGACCACUACAACAAUGUCUCCGCUGUCAACAAGUAGCUUUCCUAUGACAUCUUUCCAGCAAAUAUCUGGAUCAGCAGAGGUGACAAGUAAACUGGUGUUCAACUCCUCAUCUCCAGUCCCCAGUGAAGCUUUGGUGCUCAGUGCUAUCAACAUUCUCCUGGAAUCCAGAGUUUCACAACUAAAAGAAACAGUCAAGCUGCUGAAUGUCAGCUAUGAAAAAAUCUCAGACUCCUCAUAUGCAGCUGUCUUUACAUUUACAUUGAGUAACAUCAGUAUGCCAGAAGACCCAGAGCUUAGAAACAACACUUACCAGCAAGUGCAGGACAUGAUCAACGUUGCGCUGAACACUCUUCUGAAUGAUCCAAGCAGUGUGAAGUUUGAACCCACAUCCUCCACCUUCACGAGCACAUCAGGCCAAAUCUAUGGCAAUCUAAGUUACACCUUCCAAGAUGAAGAUAAAAUCCAACCUGUCAGCUUCCUAAAUGAGCUUCAUAAACUUAUGGGACUGACCACUACAACAAUGUCUCCACUGUCAACAAGUAGCUUUCCCAUGACAUCUUUCCAGCAAAUAUCUGGAUCAGCAGAGGUGACAAGCAAACUGCUGUUCAACUCCUCAUCUCCAGUCCCCAUUGAAGCUUUGGUGCUCAGUGCUAUCAACAUUCUCCGGGAAUCCAGAGUUUCACAACUGAGAGAAACAGUCACGCUGCUGAAUGUCAGCUACGAAAAAAUCUCGGACACCUCCUAUGCCGUCUUCUUCACAUUCACCUUGAGUAACAUUAGCAUGCAAGAAGACCCUAAUCUAAAAAACAACACUUACAUGCAAGUUCAGGACAUGAUCAACGAUGCGCUAAACACUCUUCUGAAUGAUCCAAACAGUGUGAAGUUUGAACCCAACUCUUCCAACUUCACGAGCACAUCAGACCAAAUCCACGGCAAUAUGGAUUACAUCUUCCAAGAGGGAGCUGAGAUACAACCUGUCAGCUUCCUAAGUGAGCUUCAUAAACUGAUGGGUCUAACCACUACAAUGUUUCCUCUGACAACAAGAAGCUUCCCUGUGACAUCUUCCCAGCAACUAUCUGUUUCAGCGGAGGUGACAAGCAAACUGCUGUUCAACUCCUCAACUUCAGUCCCCAGUGAAGCUUUGGUGCUCAGUGCUAUCAACAUUCUCAUGGAAUCCAGAGUUUCACAACUAAAAGAAACAGUCAAGCUGCUGAAUGUCAGCUAUGAAAAAAUCUCAGACACCUCAUAUGCAGCUGUCUUUACAUUUACCUUGAGUAACAUCAGCAUGCCAGAAGAGCCAGAGCUUAGAAACAACACUUACCAGCAAGUGCAGGACAUGAUCAACGUUGCGCUGAACACUCUUCUGAAUGAUCCAAGCAGUGUGAAGUUUGAACCCACAUCCUCCACCUUCACGAGCACAUCAGGCCAAAUCUAUGGCAAUCUAAGUUACACCUUCCAAGAUGAAGAUAAAAUCCAACCUGUCAGCUUCCUAAAUGAGCUUCAUAAACUUAUGGGACUGACCACUACAACAAUGUCUCCACUGUCAACAAGUAGCUUUCCCAUGACAUCUUUCCAGCAAAUAUCUGGAUCAGCAGAGGUGACAAGCAAACUGCUGUUCAACUCCUCAUCUCCAGUCCCCAUUGAAGCUUUGGUGCUCAGUGCUAUCAACAUUCUCCGGGAAUCCAGAGUUUCACAACUGAGAGAAACAAUCACGCUGCUGAAUGUCAGCUACGAACAAAUCUCGGACACCUCCUAUGCCGUCUUCUUCACAUUCACCUUGAGUAACAUUAGCAUGCAAGAAGACCCUAAUCUAAAAAACAACACUUACAUGCAAGUUCAGGACAUGAUCAACGAUGCGCUGAACACUCUUCUGAAUGAUCCAAACAGUGUGAAGUUUAAACCCAACUCCUCCAACUUCACGAGCACAUCAGACCAAAUCCACGGCAAUAUGGAUUACAUCUUCCAAGAGGGAGCUGAGAUACAACCUGUCAGCUUCCUAAAUGAGCUUCAUAAACUGAUGGGUCUAACCACUACAAUGUUUCCUCUGACAACAAGAAGCUUCCCUGUGACAUCUUCCCAGCAACUAUCUGUUUCAGCGGAGGUGACUAGCAAACUGCUGUUCAACUCCUCAUCUCCAGUCCCCAGUGAAGCUCUGGUGCUCACUGCUAUCAAAACUCUCAGGGAAUCCAGAGAGUCACAAUUCGAUGAAUUAAUCAGGCUGGGGAAAGUCACAUAUGAGAGAGUCUCUGACACCUCCUAUGCAGUCUUUUUUACAUUUUCCCUGAGUAACAUCAGCAUGCCAGAAGACCCAGAGCUUAGAAACAACACUUACAAGCAAGUGCAGGACAUGAUCAAUGAUGCGCUGAACACUCUUCUGAAUGAUCCAAGCAGUGUGAAACUUGAUCCCAGCUCCUCCAACUUCACGAGCACAUCUGACCAAAUACAUGGCAAUAUGGAUUACAUCUUCCAAAAGGGAAAUAAGAUACAACCUGUCAGCUUCCUAAAUGAGCUCAAUAAACUGAUGGAUCUGACCACUACAACAAUUUCUCCCCUGACAACAAAAGUCUCCCAUGUGACGUCCUUCCAGCAGCAAAUUGAUUCUGCAGUGGUGACGAGCACAUUGACGUUCAACUACUCAUCUCCAGUCCCCAGUGAAGCUCAUGUGCUCAGUGCUAUCAAAACUCUCAGGGACUCCAGAGAGUCAAAACUUGAUAAAUCACUCAAGCUGUUGAAUGUGACCUAUAACAAAAUCUCAGAGACCUCCUAUGAGCUCAUCUUUGAAUUUAAUCUGAGUAACAUCAGCACCCCAAACAGUCAUGUGCCUAAAGGCAACCCUGCCGAGCAAGUUCAGAAUGCUAUCAAUGCUGCGCUCAACACUCUUCUGAAUGAUCCACAAAAAACACCAUUUGAUGUUACACUCUCCAAAGUCACGACAAAAGAACAACAGAUUGAGGUUUCCAUGAACCAUGUCUUUACGGAAACGGAUGAUAUACAACCUGUCAGCUUCCUAAAUGAGCUCCGUAAACAGAUGGAUCUGACCACAACAACAAUUUCUCCCCUGACAACAAAACUCUCCCAUGUGACGUCUUUCCAGCAGCAAAUUGAUUCUGCAGUGGUGACGAGCACAUUGACGUUCAACUCCUCAUCUCCAGUCCCCAGUGAAGCUCAUGUGCUCCGUGCUAUCAAAACUCUCAGGGACUCCAGAGAGUCACAACUUGAUAAAUCACUCAAGCUGUUGAAUGUGACCUAUAACAAAAUUUCGGACACCUCCUACGACGUCAUCUUUGAAUUCAAUCUGAGUAACGUCAGCACGUCAAACAGUCAUGUGCCUAAAGGCAACCCUGCCGAGCAAGUUCAGAAUAAUGUCAAUGCUGCGCUUAACACUCUACUGAAUGAUCCUGCUAAACCUCCUUUUGAUGCUACACUCUCCCGAGUCACGACAAAAGAAAAGCAGAUUGAGGUUUUCAUGAACUGUGUUUUUACGGAUACAGAUCACAUACAACCUGUCAGUUUCUUAAAUGAGCUUCGUUUGCAAAACAGCCUAACAACUCCUCCUGCCAGCAAUUCCCAGACCACUACUGAUGCUCAAAUUUCUGGGACGGCUUUUAUUAGCAUUCGUCUUGUGAUUGAAACAUUGGGCCUAACGCCAAGUGAAAGUAAAAUUAUGGAGUUGGUUUCUACACUAAAUGCAAAUCUCACAACUAAACAAGAUGACAGAGCAACACAGUUUGGUGAACCUGUGAGCAACGUGAAUGUCUCAUAUAACAGAAUUUCUGAUCAUUCAUAUGCCCUCAACUUUGGAUAUGUGAUCAGCAAUGUAUUAAUGUCAACGAAAUAUGAAAACAGGAACAGCACCUACAAACUCAUCCAAAACAAAAUAAAUGAAUUGCUAAACAAGAUCCUAAAUGAUCCAUCAGCCAAUCCAGUCCAAUUUGAUGAGGCCAAAUUCUUGAAUAAUUUGACUGCAAUCAUGGCUGUUCUGGAAUACAAUAUCUCACCAAAAAAUGACAUCCAGUCACCCAGUACAUUUCUUCAGAAAAUUCUUAAUGAAAAUAGCUUGACAACAACUCCAACUCCGACUGUACUUGGAAAAGCAAUUAUUUACAUCAAGCUUGUUUUUAUAACGAGUGGCUCCCUACCAACUGAAAGCGCUGUUCUACAGGUUGCCAACAAUCUGCUGGACAAACGUCUAAGAACCAAACGAGAUCUGACAGUACAAAAACUCAGUGAUCCUGUGAGCUUUGUGAAUGUCACCUAUACAAAAAUUUCUGAUAACUCGUAUUCCCUCAAUUUUGGAUUUGAAAUCAGCAAUGUCAGCAUGUCUGAGAAACUUGUACUCAGGGACAGCACAUACACAGUAAUCCAGGAUUCAAUAAAUAAAUUGCUGAACGUGAUCCUCAAUGACCCAAACGCCACUCCAUUUGUGUUCAAAAAAGCCAAUUUUACGGGUAAUUCAACUGUGAUUGAGGCUAAUGUCGAGUAUGUUUUCUCAGAUAAAGACUUCAAGUUUCCAAGUCCUUUUCUCCAAGCACUUAUCACUGUUAAUAUUGAAGCCAGUAACUCAACUACUCCAACCCCAUUUCCCUCUGUGGUGAACACUACUGGGCCGAACAACAGCACUAGUGCAGCGUGGGUUGUGGCUAUAAUUGUUCCUUGUGCUAUAGCCAUCUUGCUUGUACCUUGCUGGAUUCUCCUUUGUUGUUUGCUUUGUGGUUGCUGUGCACGAAUAAGACGACGUUGGCACAGAAGACGGUCAUACAAUGUACAGUACUCGACUCGACACAGCCUCUUCUAGUGGACUUGAGAGGCAACAAAGAAAUUUUUUACCGGAAAAGUGAUCUUUUUCCAACUGUAAUCACUGUAAAUCACUUAUUCUUAUGUUAUUUAUUACAGAGCAAUGAUUAUUGUUAAUGUUGUUAUUUAAAUUAUGUAAUGAAUAUGUUAACUUCGAGCUUUUAUAAUGCACUAUUUAUUUUCUUCCUGUUUUGCUGGACAGACAGGAGCUACACAAAAUUUUACUGAAUGUAAUUUUCCCCAAGCUGUAUUAUCUAAUGAAAUUAAAUUAUUUAUUUAAAACUUGUGUUAUUUUUAAAAUAUUUAAUGUAGAUUUUUUCUCUAAAUAAUUAAUUUAUUUGAUGUCAGAUAUUUCAUUGUUUGUGAACUAAAUUAAAUUUAUUUAUUUACACUUUAUGACCUUUAUCUUCGUGUGACUCAAACAGAUUAUGUGAAACAUCCAAAAAUUUAAAGUUGCCACAAAUGAUAGAUCACCAGGAAUGAAAAUUCAGUCAUUAUGUACUUAUAUGAGUUUACAUCUGCAUAAGCUUCUGUCUUUUGAAAAAUAUGAUAUUUUGAUAAACGAUGGUCACACACUUGACAUUGACUUCCAUAGUAUUUUUGGUCUUACUAUUGAAGUCAGUGGGUACCGUCAACUACGUGGUUAUCAUCAUUUAUUUCUUUUUUUUAAAGAAAUUCAUACAGGUUUAGAACAACAUGAGGGCAAAUAAACGAUGACAGAAUUUUUAUUUUUGGUCUCUUUUUUAGACAGCGGAUUAAACUACAUGGCAUAGAUUUUCAGAAGAAAAAAAUAUUGUCCUUAUAGAUACAUUUAUUUAGCUAUAUACACAGAGGUGUUUCCUGGAUAUCACUGGGAAACAGCCCGACCACCCAAAUAUUUUAUGUACCAACAGAAAUAAAUAAACAUCAUGUCAACAUACAGGUCUGGCUGAGUAAAGUCUUAAGUGAAUGUAAAUUG